AAGAACUCCACUAAAAAAAAUGGAACUAAAUUCCCACACAAAGCUCAGAAAAUUGCCUCACGUUUUUGGCAAAGUCUUGGAGCUCCCUUUCCGGUCGGACGCUGACGUGGCGGUGGAGGAGGGCCCCGAUUUCUUUCGAUUCAUCGCGAAGGCCAAGGUCUCGGGUGGCGUAGUAAGGGCUCACGCGGUGGAGAUUCAUCCGGGCGUGAUCAAGAUUGUUGUUAGGAAUGAUGAUCACAAGCUUAAUAGUAGUAGUUGUGGUGUUGAGUUAUUUAUAGACAAGUUGGAGCUCGACACGUGGAGGUUCCGGCUGCCGUCAUCAGCUCUGACGGAGCUGUCCACGGCGGCGAUCGGUGACGGGAAGCUCGUGGUGAAGGUGCCCAAGGGAGGCGGCGGUGAUAAGAGACAGUUGCCAAAUGUAUAUGCAUCUCCAUUUCUUCCACAAAACACUAACCGUUAUAGAAAAAAGGGGUUUGCAUGAAAUUUCUUUUUUUAUUUUAUUAUUAUUUUAAUGUUUAGUGAUUGUUAUCAAGUUAGAAUAUAUAAGAUCACAAUGCAUUGUAUGGAUACAUAUACAUAUUGAAAGUAGUACAUUAUUGUUUGUAUAAAAAAAAAGAUGGUUUAUAUGA